UUAAAGAAAAACUGGAAAUUUCCUUUUUAACGUUUUUCUCAGCAUUAAUGGUUUUUUUUUUUUUAAUUUCCAUAAUUUCGAGUGAAAAAAAAUGUGAAAAGUCUCCAUGAUUAACAGCAGAUCAACCAAUCCUUUUCCCUUUUGUCAAUAUGCAAAUCCUUCAUCAAAGCGAAAUUGAGAGAAUUGAAUUUGGGUCAUAUCAUAUCAUUUCAAUAUUUGAUCGAUCAUGUCCUUCUCUUUCUUCAAGCCGUCAAGGCCCAAAACCCCGCAAGAUGUAACCAAGGCGAUCAAAGACAGUCUCAUGGCACUUGACACCAAAACUGUUGCUGAAGUUAAAGCCCUUGAAAAGGCUAUGGAAGAAGUUGAAAAGAAUUUUGCGACAAUGAGAUGCAUGCUUUCCGGAGAUGGGGAGGUUGAACCGAAUGUGGAUCAAGUCUUGCAGUUGGCACUUGAAAUUUCUAAAGAGGAUGUUCUUUCUCUCGUUAUUCACAAGUUACCCGUACUGGGAUGGGAAGCAAGAAAAGAUUUAGUACACUGUUGGUCCAUAUUGUUGAAGCAAAAAGUUGAUUCAACGUAUUGCUGUGUGGAGUACAUUGAGAACCAUUUGGAGUUACUGGACUUUCUUGUAGUUUGCUAUGAUAACAAGGAAAUUGCUUUAAAUUGUGGAAAUAUGUUAAGGGAGUGCAUCAAAUUUCCGACACUUGCACAAUACAUAUUAAAGUCUGCUAGCUUCGUGUUGUUCUUCAAAUUUGUGGAGUUGCCCAACUUUGAUGUUGCUUCUGAUGCAUUUUCAACAUUUAAGGAUCUGCUUACAAAACAUGGAACGUUGGUAUCUGAAUAUUUGACUGCUCAUUAUGACGAGUUCUUUGAUCUAUAUGAAAAUCUCUUGACAUCUCCUAAUUAUGUGACAAGAAGGCAAUCUUUAAAGCUUCUAUCGGAAUUUCUUUUCGAACCUCCAAACUCCCAUAUAAUGAAGCGCUACAUUUUAGAAGUUCGGUAUUUGAAAAUCAUGAUGACAUUGCUGAAGGAUUCAAGCAAAAACAUUCAGAUUUCUGCUUUCCAUAUUUUCAAGGUUUUCGUUGCUAAUCCUAACAAGCCAAGAGAAAUAAGGAUUAUUCUGGCAAAAAACCAUGAGAAAUUGCUGGAUCUGCUUCAAAAUCUCUCAGGAAAAGGUGCCGAAGAUGAGCAAUUUGAAGAGGAAAAGGAACUAAUUAUCAAGGAAAUUGAAAGAGUAUCUCGGUUGCCAAUUCUUAAAUCCUAGUUUCCUUCUCGAUCUUUCCUAUGUCUUUUAUUAAAUGCUAAUUCGAAGUGAUGAUCUUCCGCGGCGUGGAAACUGUUUGCCUAGGAAAGAAAGUUUGCAUGGAAGGAUUACCAGAGCUCUGGUAUAAGAGAAUAUAUGAGAAAUAGUAUGCCCUUCUAAAGAGCCCUUCUAAUGUCUUGUUAGAAAUGUCAAUCAAGGAUGGUAUUGUUGUACAAGUUGUGAAGAAACAUAACUAGAUUUGAUUCCCAUAGCGGUAAAAAAGGUGAUUGUAUGAAUCAUCUGUAAUUCAUCAUGCAUCAGCUAUAUCAUGGAAAUGUUGCAUGGCCGUAUUCGAUACCUGGAUCAGGGUAUGUAGCAUGAUUGAAGCAUUUUUUUCCCCAACAAAGUAAAGGUUUGGUUAUAUGUUCUUUAACUUCUCUUUUGUUGUGAAAUCCUUUGAACAUUAUUCUCUAUUAGACAUUAAGCUUCUAUUUAGAUGUGCAGUGAGAUUGGUUCCAAUAAAAUUAAAACCAAUAAUAAAAGUUAUUGUAGUUGUAAUUUUAAAAAAAUUACUAUAGAUGUGAUUGAAAAAAAAAAUUAAUGUGAAAUUUAUGGUGAAUAGGUUUCAUUCGAGUUGACAGUAAAUUUUAUUUGGUGAUACGAUGAAUUCAAUCGUACCACACUAAAAAUGCUGUAGAAUUCAAAUCUAGCAUCUUUGGUUUUGAUUCCUACAUUUUGAAGUUUAAAUGAUGAUCAUUGAUUAUGCUUCAAUCACUAAAUCAAAAUAUUUGGUGUUGGUUUAAUAUUUUUUAAGUAAAUAAUUUAUAUCAUGCCAUUUUUUAGUAUGGAAAUGAACUUUAAUUAAAAUUAGUUUAUGUAACUAAAAGCAAAUUUUUAAAUCAAUGAGUGGAUAGUUUAAUAUUAUUAAAGUCCAUUUAAAUAUUAAAAGUCUUGAAUUAGACUAAUGGAUUGUUAGUUUUUUGAUAUGUGAGUCAAUUCAAGGAUAUUUGAGUCCAAAUUUUAAAACAAAUUCAUAGUAAUACUAAUAUAACUAAUCUUGGAUUAGUUAGAAUGAUUAAAGGUGUAUAAUUCGGUUUUAAAUGAAUUAAU